AUGGGUAAUAAGGAAUUUGUCAAGCUCCUUUUAGAAAAGCUCGUUUUAGAAAAGGACAUGUCCCCAGCAUAUGUAAGAAACGAAGAAGGUUUAUCUGUUCUUCACAUUGCGGCCAAGAAAGGCAAUGUUGAUGUAAUGGAACAACUCAUGGAAGCAUGUCCAGAUAUGUCCGAGUUGUUGGACAAGAAGGGUCGGAAUGUUCUUCAUGCUGCUGCAGAGAGUGGAAUGUCAGAAGUAUUUCGCUUUUUUAAGGGGGCAGAGUUUGGGAGUCUCAUUAACGAGCAGGACGAAGAAGGAAACACGCCUAUGCAUUUGGUGGCCAUCAAUGGGCAUCACUGGAAUGUACUUCAUACUAGUGUUCAAUUAAACAUUACAAACGAUGAGGGCUUCACCAACAUGGACUAUUUUUUGUUAGAAGACAAGUUACAAGACAUGAGCCCACUGUGGUGGAAGGGCUGUCGACCAAGCCUUAGGGGAGCACUCUUAAAGAUGGGCAUUCGGAGUUUGGACCCUAGAAGUAAACGAAAACUGGCUGUUGAUGUCGUUGGAGACGACAAAAGCAAAGGCAAGGAAGGCUCUGUAUCAGAUUUUUGGAAGCGAAUGAGCGAGGCCAAUUUGUUGGUAGUCACUCUCAUUGCUACUGUGACCUUCGCGGCAGCUUUCACAAUGCCUGGUGGAUAUAACCAAAACGAAAGUGAGAAUGGGGAUGCCGGCUUGGCAGUACUAAGGAAAAGAACUGCUUUUGGUGUAUUUCUAAUAGCUAAUACUUUAGCUUUUGGUCUUUCCACUACCUCAGUAUUCCUCCACUUUUUUGCUUCAGCAACGAUUAAGGACGACACUUUUCACAAAAAAGUGGCACGACGUAUUUCUUUUUACACAAACUGGUCUAUUGGAGCCUUGCUGUUAGCUUUUAUUGCAGGCACCUAUACAGUGGUGCCACACUCCUUGGGGAUUACUGUGGCCGUUCUCCUUUGUGGUUGCUUCCUAAGUAACAUGUUAUUUCCUCUCUCAAUAAAGAAGGAGGAAAAAUUACUGUUUGAAAACUAA